UUAUAAACAAAUAUCUGAAAUUAUACUCUAGUUGAGUUUUCAUUGGGCAACAAACAAGAAAAAAAAAGUUGAUUUUUUUUUAUAGAAAAUAAUUUUUUUUUUUAUGGAGGAAUAUUCUGAACCAGUGAGCCCAACUGGGCAAUACUUCACAAGCUCAGUGAUUUCAGUGAGUGUGAUUGGUGUUCUUGAAUCAGAGAUCCCAAUUGAUAAUUCCAACUCUUUGUCUUUGCUCAAAGAUGUGUUUCUUCCCAUCAACCCUAGAUUCUCUUCUCUCAUGGUCAAAGACAGAAACGGAAAGAAGCACUGGAAAAAGGUCGAUGUGAAGCUCGAAGACCACUUACUUUUCCCAAAAUUUCCCGAAGGAAAAACACCGGAAUUCUACGAUGAUUGCCUGAAAGAUUACUUGUCUAGAAUAUCACUAGAAGAGUUCCCCCUUAGUAGGCCAUUAUGGGAAGUCCAUGUCUUCCAAUACCCCACCAAAAAUGCAAUGGGAAAUGUGAUCUUCAAACUUCACCAUUCCCUUGGUGAUGGCUUCUCUCUAAUGGGGGCUCUUCUCUCCUGCAUGGAACGAGCCGACGAUCCUCGAAUCCCACUAACGCUCCCUAGCAUGAUCCCGACCGGUCGAAUAAAUGGCGAUGAUCAUAGCUUUUGCCAGAGAAUUUCUAAGAAUUUCUCUGGAAUUGUCAAUACUGUUGUGGAUUUUGGGUGGAGUUUGUUGAAGAGUAGCGUGCUCGAGGAUCACAAAUCUCCGGUGAGGUCCGGUGAGGAAGGGGUCGAGUUUCGGCCGAUCACGAUUACCACCUUGACCUUCUCCCUUGAUCAAAUCAGGCAAAUCAAGGCCAGUCUUCAUGUGAGUAUAAACGAUGUGGUGUGCGGAGUGGUUUUUUUGGGGAUUAGACUCUACAUGCAGGCAAUGAAGCAAGACCUCACCGAUGCAAAAUCAACUGCGUUGGUUCUACUCAACACGAGGAACAUCCGCACCUACAAAACCAUAUCCGAGAUGGUCGAACCCGACGAUGACGAAUCAACAUGGGGCAACCGAUUUGCCUUCCUCCACGUCCCUCUCCCGAAAAUGUCGGCCGACCCGCUCAAUUUCGUGCUCAAAGCCAACAAGUUGAUUAGGAGGAAAAAGAAUUCCGCAGCUUUAGUUUUGACCGGGAAAUUACUCGAUGCAUUGAGGAAAUUGAGAGGCCCUGAGGUAACAGCAAAAUAUAUUCAUAGCACUUUAAAGAACACAAGCAUGACAGUAUCAAACAUUAUGGGCCCUGUUGAAAGAAUGGCUUUGUCUAAUCAUCCAGUUAAAGGCUUGUAUUUCAUGGUUGUUGGUGUCCCUCAGAAUCUUACUAUAACAAUGGUGAGCUACAUGGGAAAGCUGAGGAUAGCUUUGGGAACAGAAAAUGGGCUCAUUGAUUCUCCCAAAUUCAAGUCUUGUCUUCAAAAUGCCUUUGAUACAAUUCUCAAAUCAGCCAUCUCCUCUACUGUUUGAUUUAAUAAAUUUUUUUUACUAAUUUACACGAACUAUUAAUGGCUAUAACAAUGUGCCAAUGUCUUUUUACAUGUGUGACACAUGAAAUUAAAUGUAUAAUUCACAUAUCAACAGCUAUGGAAAUAAUUAUAUUGUCUA